AUGUUUGAGCAACUCUCUAGCACACGGAACAACUUACCUAAAGUCCCAGCGCUCAGCAUCCAGUUCAACCCCUUUGAUCCUCCCCUGUAUCAAAUAUAUGAUUUUUUUACAUAUAUAAAACAUGACCGCGGACGGUUAAACGACACCAGUCCGGAACCAAACAUUUCUCAAAUCGGCAUUGGUACUACACCCAAGUUACAUGCUAAAAACGGUUCCGUUCGUAUCCUUCAACAAUAG